AUGGAGGCUCAUGUUGGAAACUCCCAAGUACCAUCCAAAGAGGAGAAGAGGAGCAAAGUCUUGAAGAAAGCCCUGCUUUUGUUGAACUGUGGGAUGUUAGGCUUAGGCAAUUGUGCUGGUCCAAUGGUGCAGCGUCUCUACUUUGUGAAGGGGGAAAGAGAGUUUGGUUGUCGUGCUGGUUACAGACAGCCGCCUGGUCUCUUUCUGCCUUGUGCUGUUCUUGGCAUUCUCACAGGUUUGGAUGACUACUUAGCCGCUUUUGGCGUUUCUCGCCUACCUGUCUCCACAUCUGCUCUAAUAAUAGCCACCCAAUUGGCCUUCACUGCUGGGUUUGCAUUUCUUCUGGUUAAGCAAAAGUUCACUGCUUUUACCAUUAACUCAGUGUUCUUGUUAUCUGUUGGAGCUGUGGUCCUUGCAUUUCAUUCUAGCACGGAUCGUCCUGCUCAUGAAUCCAAGGCACAAUACUACAUGGGAUUUUUCAUGACACUUGGGGCAUCUGCAUUGUAUGGAUUUGUGCUGCCAAUGAUAGAGUUAACAUACAAGAAAGCCAAGCAAGUCAUUACUUAUCCUCUUGUCAUGGAGAUGCAGAUGGUUAUGUCCUUCUUUGCGACCGCUUUCUGCACCAUUGGGAUGCUUGUGAACCAUGACUUCGUGGCAAUUUCAAGAGAGGCAAGAGAAUAUGAGCUUGGUGAAGCCAUGUACUACGUGACGCUCGUGUUGAGUGCAAUCCUCUGGCAAUUCUUCUUCCUAGGAGCCAUUGGAGUCAUUUUCUGUGCUUCCUCAUUGCUCUCUGGUAUCAUAAUCGCGACUCUGCUGCCGGUGACAGAGUCAUUGGCUGUUUUGUUCUUCCAUGAGAGAUUCCAAGUUGAGAAAGGAGUUGCUCUCACUUUGUCUCUUUGGGGUUUCCUCUCCUACUUCUAUGGGGAGCUCCAAGAAAUCAAGAAGCUGAAAAAGGCAAGAGCAGCAGCAGAGUUGCCUCAGUCACAUGGUCCAUUGGGACAAAAUUGAUUCUACAUAAAGAAUCUCAAUCUCAAUCUCACCCUUAUAAGAAUUAUUGUUCUACUAUCUUUGUAAAUAUUUCUAAGAAUCUCAAUUUGCAACCCGAAAUUCAAAUUGUCUCACAUUAUCCC